AUGGAAGCUACCACUACCACCAUUGCACCUGCUGUCCCCCCAGCUACAUUAAAGCCACCUCUUGCUUUUGUUUGUGAGCCAAGGGAUGUUGAUGUUGUCGAGGAGAUAAGGAGCAAUGAGGAUGAGGAGGAUGGCAAUGUUGAAUCUGGUUUAGAGGAGGAGGAGGAUGCCUCAAAUGAGAUUGCUAGAUUUAGGCCAUUGUGUAGUUUUUGUUGUUUUUAG